AUGCCUGAUUCUCCAACUGAGUCUUUGGGCCAACCAUUCUCGAUCCGACGCUCGGUUACUCUCCCCACGAAGUUAAACUCGGCCUCGACACGCGGUUCAGGUACCGCGAAUCCAAACCUCGCAGAGAACGUCAUUUAUUAUCAUCCCUCGGCAAAAAUUGUUCAUUUCGCUCCUAGAGCUCUAGCGCCAAUCCCGUCAAGUUCCGCUCCAUCCGAUUUUGAUUAUCCGGUCGAUACUAUUGAGACACUCCCUUGGCGCUCUGCGACUGAGCGAACGGUUGCGACUGCUCCACUGAGACUCGAAAGGGUUCAUGGACUGACUGUCUUUCUUAAAUGUGGGAAUGUUGUCCAUGCGAUUCUGAAAAACUCCCAGUGCUGGUGUGUGGAUGGUGUUUCGAAAUUUGUAUUGCGCAUUCGCCCCCUCACUUACUAUCGCAUUGAGAUACCAAAUGAGUCGGAAGAUGAUAAGGUGCGCGUGGAAGAUUUGAAAGCAGCCUUGCCAACGGUACUUCGCUAUGAGGUUACACCAUGUCCCUUUAAGCGUGCGUUUACCAUCGAGCUCCCAGAAGAGGCUACUGCGCCCCGGCGCAAAAAGGCCUGGCGACCUAAGGGCCGGAAAGAGGGGGCGACUACAUCGAUAGAGGGCGAUAGACCCCAUACUGGAGAGUUAAAACCGGAAUUCCUUGAUUCUGCCAGUACGGGAGAGGAUACUGAUGGAGCUGCAACUGACGAUAGCGUGGUGACCCCCGAGAAAUCCGAAAGUGCUGCCUCGGACGACUUUCCUACUCGCGAUCUAUCGCCAUCCCCUGUUAAUAAUCCAGAGCCGUUUAUACAUCAUAUGCCUAUCAGGCGAUCGGUCACCGAGCUACCACAGACCUUCGAUACCCUCCGCGCAAAGUUCGAUGUUCCAGCCGUCAUAGAAGAGCAGCCAAACUCCGAGGCUGAAUCUGAAUCUGACCCUAGGCUAGAGCAGACGACUCCAAGCAAGCCGACAUUCACCGGUAAAGAGGAAGAUCCUACCGAUAUUAGCAAAGACGAAAUUGAUCUCACUGUGAUCUCUGCCAAACAAGAGUCCAGUCCGGUUAUCUCCGGACAGGAACCGAGCGAAGCCACUCAGAGUGAACGACAUAAUAUCCAGCAAGAGCCUGCUGAGCCUCCUACCGAAAAAAAGUCUACCGUGGCCGUCGGACCUGAUGAUGAGGCUGCUAUGGAUGUCAAGGGUAAUGAAUCUAUUGAUUCCGUCGCUGCACAAGAAGAGUCCAAGGAAGUCGGCCCCACCUCAGAACAAACUCCCGCCGAGCAUGGCUUUGAAACGAAGGAUGGAUCUGACAUGUCAUCAUCGACUUCGGAGAAGCUUUCUCCUGUAAAAGAAACCCACGAUGUGCUUGCCGAGGCUUCUAAAGAACCCUCCAACCCUGCGCUAGCUCAAGAGAACCAUGAUUCUACCCCAGUCGAACGGAAUAUUGCGGGUCCUCUGAGCCCUAGUUUGAUUGAAAAUGAAAUUCCUGAAACUGUACUUGCUGAAGUGAGCUGCAACAAGUUAGCGGAUGCUCAAUCCCAAGAUCAUAAAUUCAAACACGGUAUUGAGGCCCAAUUUUCCGAUAUCUCAACCCAGAGCCAGCCAGUCGACACAAUUAACUCGUUCCAAGUCGGAGAUACGCUAGUUGAAGACAUUCCAGCUGAAACCCACAUCGCUGGCUCCGUGGUUGUCGAGGGUGAGCCUACUCAAAUUACCGGACAGUCAGAUCACGAAGAACCCAUGUCUAGAGCCUCGGAAAGCAAGGAUAUCCCAGGGCCUACUGAUCCUGUCAAACCUGACCAUGACCUUAAUGACUUAUCACCAUCUACACCCGAAUCCUUCCAUUCUGCCGACCUCGACUCUUCACCGGGUUCAAUUUCAACUCGUGCCACUCCUGUGCCGUCCCCCAGCAAAGUCCAGGAGCUCAAAAUGCUUCAUGACGCAAGAUCGUCGCCUUUUGAUCUGGCUCCCCCAGCUUUGUCAUCGGAUACUGUCAGCCUAAGUGAACUUCCGGCUGCCGAUGUUUCUUGCAAUAACGGCCCCAGUUCUGAACAUCAUGGUCGUUUAUCGACCCAUCAAAUGGCCCGAGAAGCUCCGCCAAAGCCUUCAUUAAGCAUCCCAUCCAACCCGAGGCGAUUAUCUGGGAGAUCUGCUUCUCCUUCGGACUUGACACAUAUGAGUGCCGAAUUCCGUCGCCGAGCACAGGCAACUAGACAACGCGAUGUCUCUCCGAUGCCGCCGCCUUCGACCAUAUACCAGCCAACACCAGGCGAAGAAACUGCCUCCCUUAUCUCGAAAGCUUUGACUCUUGUACUGGUCCCCCCAAUUCACCUUUUCAUCGUAUUACUCCAUAUUGCCGCACGCAUCGUCAUCAAUCCAGCAGCCAGCUCUAUACCCGGUCUUCCAUCAUCCAAAUCACAGCAGUCUAUCGAGCCAGCUGAUACCGAAGACGAUUUCAGUUUCCCCCUCGAACGCGAACCUUCCUCCGAAUAUGAAGAUGCUGAGAUGACGAAGAAACUAGAUCCAUGGGACCUAGACUAG